UAUAUACAAGGAGAUACGAGUAGACCAGCCGGUCUAUCAGAAACCCAAUGGUAUCGGUUCCAAAAGAAAGUAUGCAGGUUUGUGAUCCGGAACAGCCAGUUAUACUACGUAAUACCAACGCAAGAAAACAAGACACUACUAGAAGUAGUCGGGGAUGAUGAGACAGAGAGACUAAAGAGCCUCAUCAAAGCCGCGCAUCUCAAAGAGAACCAUGCGCCAAUAAGGCGGGUCUGUAUGAUCUUACGAGAGCAGUAUAUGGGCUUCGCACAACAAACCGUUAUAACCAUGGGUGUCAGGUGUCCCAAGUGCAAAAAGCGCGCACCCAAUAAAAGCAAGGCGUUAGUAUUAUUGGGGUUAAAGAAAAGUCUAUCUGAGCAGAGCACUGACUAUCUAUUAGGUUGA